CCUCGUCCCCUCCCUCCCGGGCCCGCAUCCAGCCUCCUCCCCCCUCCGAAUCAACGCGAUGACCACCCUCGGAUCAUCCGGAGCUCCGUCACAGUCAAGCCGCGGAUCAGUGCGCGGACACGGGCGGGCGACCGCGACCCAGCGCUCGGGUCGUUGAACGGGAUCAUUCGGGAUUGGCCGCAUCAGCGAUGAGCAGCCUCCGUCUGCUGUAGAACGACACCGAGCUCUCGCAUCACGAACGCGUCGAGGAUGAGCGCGGCUGCCGCGGCCCCGGGAUCGGCUUCUUGCCGCUUCGCCCACUAUUUUGUUGUGUGCGGCGUGGACGCGGACACGGGCCUGGAGCCGGACGACGGGGCAGGUGAAAGCUUUGAUCAGAGCCCCAUUCGACGGUCCUUCAAAUCGAAGGUUCUAGUGCACUACCCCGAAAGCACAGAGAGGAACCCCUUUAAUAAAGAUGCUAUCAACAUGCUCUGUAUGCCGAGAGGCCUGUCCUUCCGGACUCAGGCAGACAGACUCGACCCCCAGUUCCACUCAUUCACAGUUACGUUCGACGACGGCACGCGCUCCUACGGCUUCGUGCACACGUUCUAUGAGGAGGUGACCAGCGCUCAGAUCACCACCGCCAUGCAGACCCUCUACCAGAUGCACCACGUGGAGCACCACUCCUCCUCCUCGGCCUCCUCCUCCUCCUCCUCCUCCUCGGCCUCCUCGCCCUCCACCUGCAGCAUGGACUCGCUCGCGAGCAGCCUGGACGAGUCGGACGCCGAGUCUCUGGCCGGGCUCUCCGGCUGCCUGGGCUGCGCGGGCUCCUUCGACCCGUCGCGGGACACCCUGUACGCGUCCAAAGCCCUCUGCCUGCUCUCGCCGCUCCCUUUCCUUCACGCCUCGCGACAGUUCCUGACGCAGCUGCAUCAGGCCGUGGCGUCGCCCACGGCCCCCCCGCUCCCGCUGGAGAGCUACAUCCACAACAUCCUGUACGAGGUGCCCCUGCCGCCGCCCGGCAGGUCGCUGAGGUUCCACGGGGUGCAGGGGCCCAUCGUGUGCCAGCGGCCCGGCCCGGGUGAGCUGCCGCUGGGGGAGUAUCCGCUUGGAGAGGCCUUCGCCCUGCUGGGUGUGGACAACAUGGUGCAAGUGCUUACCUGUGCGCUUCUGGAGACACAAGUCCUGCUUUACUCUCAAGACUACCAGCGUCUGAUGAUUAUAGCGGAGGGCAUCACUACGCUGCUGUUCCCGUUCCAGUGGCAGCACAUCUACCUUCCCAUCGUUUCCGUGCCGUUACAUCACCUCCUAGAUGCCCCCGUGCCGUUCCUGAUGGGCAUCCAGCGCCGGGAGGGAGCUCAGCGAUCCUCUCUGCACCUGCCGCACGAGGCCAACCUGUGUUUCGUGGACAUUGACAACCGCUGUGUGGAAAUCCCCGAGGACCUGCCUGCGUUUCCAGAGCAGACUGAGCUCAUCCAGGAGCUGAGCGAGGUCCUGCUGCGUUUCGGGCUCCCCCCGCAGGGCGGCGUGGUCGCCGAGACGACCGCCGCCGCCGCCCCCGCCGCCCCCGCCGGCUCUCCCCGCCUCAGCAGCCUGGUGCUGGAGGAUCUGAUGGAGGACAGGAGGAACGGGAACCUGGGCGGCGAGGAGCUGGCGGUGCUGGAGAGGCUGCAGGCUCUGGCUCAGCGGUGCGGAGGCGGGAAGACGUCCGACGGUGGGACGACGCUGGGGCGGCUCGAGGAGGAGGACCAGGAGGUGAAGUCGGCCAAGCUGAACAUCCAGAUACGGGAGGUGCUCGCUGGGCGCCUCGCCGCCAUGUUUGGCAGGUACGAGGAGUUCGUCAUCCACAGCGCUCUGGAUUUAGACUCGUGGUUGAGCAACAGGGAGGGGACGCUGAGCUUCGACAAGGGCUCCUUCCUCGCGCUUCAGCCCGUGUCCCACCUGCGCUUCUUGUCCCGCUUCCUGGAGACGUCCAUGUUCUCCUUCUUUGUGGACGGGAAGGUGAUCUCCCGCUGGGCGGCGCGCGAGCCGCAGCAACAGCUGUUCGACGACCGCCUGGAGAGGGAACGGCUGUACAACACCGACGAAGAGGAGACCCGUAACUGCCGCUACAGGAAGUGCAGCACACGGCUGGAGUCAGAUCAGGCCAUUGAGCGCCGGUUGCUGAAGGCCGACCACACAGCCAUUCACCCCCACCUGCUGGACAUGAGGAUCGGCCAGGGUCGUCACCAGCCAGGCUACUUCCCCAAGCUGCAGGCUGACGUGCUUGCACAGGGACAUCACACCAGCAAGUGGUCCGGUCGCGGAACAGCAUCGCGCAGGACCGACUUUAAGAGAUCAUCAGCAGCUGAUCACAAUGAACAGAGACAGAAGCACACAUUUGCGAGGAAGAACCUCAGUCACACUAAGCUACUCGACCCUUGUCCCCAAGCCGUCAGACAGACUCACAGAGAGUUUGUGGACGGGCUGCUGAGCGAGUGUCGUCUGAAGACCAAGCGAAUGUUGAUGGAGAGGAUGGGGAAGGAGAGCGCAGAACUGGGUCAGGGAGAAGCCAGCAUCACGGGCCUGCAGGAGAACACGCUCAUCCACGGCCUGUGUGACCUACUGGAGAGAACCUGGGGCCACGGUCUGCAGCUGAAACAGGGGAAGUCUGCCCUUUGGUCCCAUCUGCUUCACUACCAGGCGGCGCAGGGGAAGACAGAAGCAUCAGCUGAGACUCCAGAGUCUGGCGCUUCGGACCAGAGGACGUUUGAUGACGGGCCUGUGGUGCUGAGAGGAACCUUAAUGCAAGAUGUGAGCUUCAUCCAGACCAUGAGCGAGGGUCUGUCUGAGGUGGGUCAGGCCCGGGCCUGGAUCCAUCUGGCCCUGGAGAAGAAAAUGCUUUCCCAGCACCUCAAAGAGCUGCUCACGAACCAGGAGCUGCUCAGGCAGCUGUAUAAGCCCCACGCGUUCCUGCUGUUUGAGGAGGAGCGGGAGCAGUUUCUGUUCCACCUGCUCUCUUUGAACACUGUGGACUACCUCUGCUUCACACACGUCUUCACCUCCAUCAGUAUUCCGUAUCGAGUUGUUAUUAUACCCAUGAAGAAGCUGAGCAUUGCAAUGGCUACGGUUAAUCCCUGGGUGUGCGUGUCGGGAGAACUGGGCGACUCGGGAGUUAGACAGAUCCCCAAGAACACACAGGAGAUCUUUUUCCAGUGCAAGAACCUUGGCAGGCUGAGCACGCUGCAGCUGGGACAGGAGAACUCUGGUUUACUGGCCAAGUGUCUGGUUGACUGUGUAAUGGUGUACAAUGAGAUUACCGGACACACCUACAAGUUCCCGUGCGGCCGCUGGCUGGGGAAAGGCGUGGGAGACGGCAGCCUGGAGAGGGUGCUGCUCGGCCAGCUGGUGUCCCCCGGAGGAGAGGAGGAUGCUGGGAGGUGGACGGGGACGCCUCCAGAGCUGGCGUCGCCCUCUCAGGCCGUUCGAACGGUGCUGGGGUCCCUCGGCAGCCGCAGCAGAAUGCUGACGGGAGAAGUACACGAGGACAUGAGGGAGGCGGCCAACAACCUUGUGAAAUACUUCCACAAACAUGAACAAGAGAGAGGAAACUUGACGGUCCUGUUAUGUGGAGAAGGAGGUUUAGUGCUUUCCCUGGAGAAGUUCCUCCUUCACGGGUUCAAAUCCAACCGUCUUUUCCAGAGGAAUGUGUUUGUUUGGGACUUUGUGGAGAAGGCCGUGGCUUCGGUGGAGACCGACGAUCAGAUGGGGGACCUGCACGGAUCCACGCUAACGAAGGGCCCGCCCUGCGAUUCCCUGUGCCACUACGUUAACGCCAUCAACGCCUCAUCGCGGAACAUCGGCAAAGAGGGCAAGUUCCAGCUGUUCGUCUGCCUGGGAGUCCGAGACCGGCUUCUCUCUCAGUGGCUCCCCCUGCUGGCGGAGUGUCCCCUGACGGCUCGGACGUACGAGGACGGGGCUCUGCUGCGGGACCGCGCUGCCAUACACUCCCUGUCCCGCAUGCUGCACACACUCGACGGGUUCCCCAUCGUCCUGGAGACGGCCCUGGUCAAAGGGGUCGAGCUCUGACCCCGACGGCCGCACACAGACUGCAGCCCCUGCAAAACCGCCACCGGCAGGGGUGUCGAAAAUAUUUCAUUCUUACAUCUUCUGGAGAGGAAGUGCAGUCAGACACUUGAGUAAAAGGGACUUUAUGGCAGAAAAAGGGCGGCGGAUCAAAUGGAAUCACUCACGUUUUGAACAUACUGCCCCGUUGACUAAGUAAAUGUUGUAAAUGCCCGUAUUUGCUUCGGUAUAUCGUCAGAUUUCUCCUCUGCUUGCUUACACUGUGAAAUUCUGUUUCCUGGAGGUGAAAUGGAGUCAUUCAUAAUCUCUCUCUCUCACACACACACACACACACACACACACACACACACACACACACACACACACACACAGUAGAUUCACAGCUCAGAUCAUUCACUGUAUCUGACCCUAGGACAACUAUUACUCUCCUACUGCUGUAUUGCUUGCACUUGAAUUUUAAACUAAGCACAUGCAUGGCCAAAAUCUGUUUGUUUUGCGUCUUAGCGUGUUGUGAUCUUACAUAUCAGAACCCCGGCGGUGUUAUAUUGAUUCCUUCAUUGAAUAUCUUAGUAAACAUGCUCAAAAAAUGUUCUAGCUCUAUAUGUUGUAUUGUUAUGCUGUGUAAAGUCUGGCCUUUUUAUUUGAGUUUGAGGUCACAUUACUUAGUUACGCACAUGAAACCCUCAGUUGGUGAAACACUGAAACAAAACUAGUGUCCUAAUUGUGUCAGUUCAAAUAGUCCCCUUCACUUUGUAAGAAAGCGUUUCCCUUCUCUCGCUGUAAAUAGUUUUGCUCCAUUAGAUCUUUGAUAGAUUUGUGCCCAUUUGCUCUAUAGUGUAAUGAUCAUGUGGCAUAUUUUUCUGUAUGAAGGCAUCUUGUUUGCCAUUGUGUUCAACAGCCGAUUGCACACAAGGCACUAAAUAUCUGUAUUAUUAGCCAGACUGUUUUUUAUAAACUGUUUGGUUGUCGUUGCAAAACAACAGUAAAUUGAGUGAAGGUUCUUUAAAAUGGUAGAUAAUAUGUUGCUGUCACAUUCAAUUCUCCUGCAUUGUCUUGCAAGCACUACGUAGCCCUCAAUGGCCAACCUUCUAUCAUCAUUUAAAUACACAGAUUAGAGAAAGCAAUAAUAUUUAUGAAAUGUCUUGUCAAAAAUUAAAGUUAAUAUUGGCAUAACUGA